ACUAGUAUAUAAGUAUAAGUCAUAAUAUAAGUCAUAAGUGUUCAAAUUAAAAUUUGAUCUAUUAUUGAAAAUAGAUUUUGGAUAAGGUAAAUUUCUAGAUCUACCCUGGUAUUCUCCAAAAUAGGGCUCCAGAGCAACAUGUCACAUGAAGAAGUGCGUGAGAUGAACCAUAGUCGUUCUACAACUGAAGGAGGCCAACAAUGAUAUAAACAAUCUAGACUAGUCACUAGACCUAGAUCUAUUCUAAUUCUGGAUAGUAGAUUUGACACUAUAAUAGAUCUUCUAUAUAAUCUAGUUUGUGUUGUGUCUGCCAGGAACUAAUGAUCUUACUGAAAAGCAUUCUCUGUAGUAAAUGCUAUGUGCACCAGUGGAAAAAUACAAUUAAACUAAUUAAAGGUAGAAACACUAAAAGGACUUAUAAUUAUCAUUAGGUAUCGUUGGCACAGCAGGAGUUAAGAUGAAUAGUUGGUUCUCAUUGCUUCCAUGGCCAUGUCGUAGGUACCGUGAUUCACAUUCAAGAAUUGUUGCAGUAAUUUUUGCUUGUUUCUUUUUUAUUCUUCUUCAUUUUUUACUCAAGUGGGAAUCGGGUGACACUGAUAUUUUUGUAUCAUUGAAAAUUGAAAUACCUGAUGAUUUCAAACCUGUUAGGAUCACAAAGAGAGAAUACUUUCCAUCAAGUGGAACACCAAAAAUCCCUAAAAUAAUUCACCAGGUUUGGAAAGGAAUAUUUGUUCCCCCUGAGUUUGUGAGUUGGAUAAAAUCAUGGAAUAAGCAUCACCCUGAUUGGGAAUAUUGGCUUUGGACAGAUAAAAGUGCAAGGCUAUUUAUUGCUGAUAGAUACCCACAUUUGCUCAAUGUCUAUGACCACUAUCCUGAAAACAUCAGAAGAGCUGAUGCUUUUCGUUACAUUGUUCUUUAUGAAUAUGGAGGAUUGUAUGCAGAUAUGGAUAUGGAGGCCUUAGGGUCAUUUCUGCCUUUAACCCUUAAAUAUUCAUGUUUCAUAGGGAAAGAACCAUAUGAACAUCCUAUCAUUGACACCAAUUUUGAUGAACUACUAAUUAAUGCUCUCAUGGGGUGCCGUCAAAAACACCCAUUUAUGAAGCUACUGAUAAACAAUUUAGCCAGCUUCUCAAGACUGUGGCACUACUUAGACAGUACUGGCCCUCAUUAUGUGACUUUGAUGUAUAGACAAUAUAAAUCUUCAAUAUCAUUAGAAAAGGAUGACGAUACAGUUAAUAUCAGUCCAUCUGAAUAUUUCUACCCAACCAUUGACCCAGCUAAGUUCAGGUACAUGUUUAAUAAGUGUCAAAAUACACAGAAACUUUCUGAACUCCAGAUUCAUGCUUGUAUGAAUCUGAAAUAUAAGAGUCUUCCAGAAAAUAAAUUUGACCCUGUAACAAUUGCUUUUGCGAAUCAUCAUUGGUACCACACUUAUCUUAAAACAAUGUCAACUGUUCUAACAGGAUACAAAUCUAUUUUUGAUAUUGUACCUAGAGUAAAUAUUUAUAAAGAUCUUGAAGAGUAAUGUACUAGUAGGAUAGCAAAUGAAAGCUAUUAAGAGCUAGUUGUUGUUUUGGUGGUUUUGUUUUUUCAUUUAUAUUUCUGUGAUAACUGCACGAAAGUGAGUUUACUUUUGAACUUUGGAUAUGAAAUUUACUUGAGAUUUAAAAUAUUUUACCAGAGAAAUUCACCAGUUAAAAGGUGUUAUAUAUGUAUAUAUUUAAGCUGAAAAAAAACAUGUUUUUGGGACUGUUCUUGUCACUUUAAUUAUAAGAGAUCUUAAAGCGAAAACAAAAUUACCAAGGAAAGUUUUAUUGAUUUGCAUUUUAUGUUAAUUAAAUUAUUUUUUUUUACAUUAUUCCAAGUGCCUUCCUUCCCAUGUAAUGUUGCUUUUUGUUUUCAGUUUUUUGUUGUAACAUGCAAUUACUACAAUAAUAUUACUGUUCUUGGUGUUGUAAUAUUUAUAAUAAAUAUUUUUGACAUUCCGUAAUGUUGUGAUUUUUUAGAAAUGACUUAUCAUUGUGUCUAAUUUGAUUUCAAUAGAUUUUGUUUAGAUACUGGGUAUACAUUUUUUUAUAUAAAAUAUUUAUUGUUUAUACUAAAGAACAAUGUUUUUUUAGAUUGUUGUGAGAGAAAUUGAAAUUCCAUAAUCCUUAAAAGAUCAAAAUUCAAGACACUCUCCUGCAUUAAUCAAUGGAUGGCUGCUGCCUUUUGGUAUGGUAUUUACUUUGGACUGCCAACACAAUGGUACUAAGUUAACAUCCUGCCCGUUUUGAUCCCAUGCAAUCCUGGUUGGGACUAGGGCAUAAACUUAUUAAACAAAAACACCCUUUACAAAGAUUCAUGGUUUUCAAUACUAGAAGCUUGGCAAAUAGACAUUUGUAGGCUUAACAAGGUGGAAUUGUUGUAUGUAGUAUAAAUGUCUGUAAUUUAUUUGAAAAGUGUUUUAUUAAGGUUUAUCUGUGAUUGUUUUUUUUAUGAGUAUUUACUUUUAGAUAUUCUAUUUUUCUUUUUUUUUUUAUCAUUGUAACAUAAAAAUAUAUUCAUUUUGUUGAAAUCAUGAUCUGUUCUUAAAACUUAGAAAUUAAACAUUUUAAAUUUG